AUGGAUAGAUUUACAAUUAUGAUCUAAAGUUCUAAUAGAUUCUUUGGGUAUCAUAAUUAGGGAUCUCUCUUCAAUCCGAGAAUGUCAAAAACUCUACACACUACUUACAAACUUAUAGAGAUGGCACAUACUUACUUUACGAUGAUUUCCUAUAUGUAAUUCUACAAACUAACUUAGGAAAUAGAACAAGAUGAUAUUAAUCUAUUGUUUAGCACUUGUAACAUGUUUAAAAAUUCCCUUGUUUUCAAUAAUAAUCUGGCAUUUUUUAUGGAUAUAACAACAGGAAAUUUAAAAAAACUAAAUCAAUUCGAUGUGCAGUAGAUUUUAAAGAAACCUAAACUUUACCAAUAAGGAGUUCUAAUCAAUGUAUAACAAUAGUAUAUUUCUCAUUUGGAAUAUGAAUUCUCUCAGUUUUAUAAUUCUAGAGUCUAUAUUAAUUUCUUAUUGCAAUAAAUUCGAAGUAACUAAACAUUUAAAUCACAUUCGAAUACUACUCAAAUAUGGAAAACUUAGAAUGGAAUUUACGUCAAAUGGAACAACAAAACCUUUGAUUUAUAUUUAGAUAAUGAGGUGUUUCAAGUCUUUGCAUAUGAUAAUUUAGAUGGAUUAUAAUCUUUACCAAUAUACAGAGAUCAAAUAGAAUCAAAAAGUUUAGCAAUAAUAUCAAUUUCAAAUAGCAACUUUUAAUGCGAACAAGAUGGAUAAUGUUUGCAAACUGAUUUUAAACCUACAACGGCUCUAGGUAUCUACAAAGAGACAGAAUUAAAAUAGUGUUUAAAUGAAUUCUAUUAUGCAAAGGCCUCAAAAUUACCUAUGGUUUAUCAAUAAAAUACUCCUUAAACCAUAGAAUAAUGCUUUGAGAUUCACAAUGAUGAUGGAUCUUUCGCGAUGAUAUUGCUGACUAUAAUUGUUAUUGGGUCUGCUUUAUUGACAAGAUUUAAAUUUAAAAAGCAAAAGCAGAACUUUUAGAUAAAUGUUAAGGAAUCAAAUAUAGAAUUAAAAUAUAUUUAAUAGAAUUAAAUCUAAUUCAAUGAAUUGGAAAUCAUAGGAUAAGGUUCGAAUGGAACCAAUAUUCACGAGGGUUUUUUUUAAAACAAAACAGUUGCUGUUAAAGAUAUAAAUUUAUUGAAUAUAUCCUAAAGUAUGCUCAGUGGUGAAUUAGAGAAAUCAUUUGCUCAAUAAAUGUCUUUAACUUCUGAAAAAUUUAUAAAACUAUAUUUCUAUGAAAAAAGAAAUAAUCACUUAUAUUUAGCUAUGGAAAAAGGUUUAAUUAAUUUAAAAGAUUUUGUAAAAUAUGAUUCUUGUAAUAAAUUAAAUGAUUCACUCAAAAUCAAAAUAAAAUAAAACCUUUUAGACCCUAAUUUUUAUAAGUCGUUUAUACAUAAUUUAUUAAUUGGACUUUAAGAACUAGAAGAAAAACAAAUUAAACAUCAUGGAUUAGAUCAAGAAAAUAUCAUAUUUAAUCAAGACCUGCAAGUGUACUUUGCUGAUCUUGGAAUGUCUUAGAGAGCUGAUUAUUAUAGAAGUAAGACUAAAUCAACUAACUCUCAUUUCUUCCAUAGUUAUAAUUUGAAGUAAUAAUUAGGAGCAAUAUUUUACUAUUUACUAUCAAGAGGAGAUGAUCUUAAAAAUUUAUCCUAAAUAAAUCUUAAGGCUAUUUUGAAUAAAUUUAAGAAAUACAACAUCAAAGAAUUAGAUAUUAGAGACUUGACUCUGAAAUUGCUUUUUGAUGGGCCAAUAAUUGAUUAUGAUAAUCUACUUUCGCACCCUUACUUUUGGACAAAAGAAAGAAAACUAAAGUUUAUUUGUGAAUUUAGCGAUUAUAUCGAAACCUUCCCAUAAAAACCAGGUUAAAUUACUUUAUAGGAGAUCUGCAUUUAAAACUAAGUUUUUAAAGAUAAUUGGGGCAAUAAAUGCGAAAUACUUUUAAAAGAACAAAUUCGAGGAUAUGAUAAGACCUAAGCCUUAUAGUUGAUAAGACUUAUUCGUAAUACUAAGAAUCAUUACCAUUAGCUUACAAAGAAUAGUAAAUAGUUAUUAGGAAAUUCUGAUAGAGACUUAUUUGAUUAUUGGAAUAAAAACUUUCCAAAUUUAUUCUUUACUCUUUACUAAUAUUCAUGUGAAAAUAACUUCAACUUAUUAAGUAUUAAAUAAAAUUGA